AUCUUAUAAGAGUCUAGAAAGACUUGCUUUACCUAGGUACUUAACCUAGGUACUUCUAGUACACACAUGCCAUGGCCCUCCCCAAGCUCCCAGCCAGGGCGGCCUACAUCCACCUCAACAAUCCCCUGAAGCGCAACGCCCUCAGCCUCUGGGUGCUGCAAGACCUCCGCGCCCAGCUCCACCGCCACCUGACCUCGCCCCGGACGGGCAAGCUCCUGCUCCUCCCGCCCUUCCACCCAGACAGCAUCAGGACCCUCGGGAGGCGCAAGCACAGCGAUCGCACCGGCUCACCUACCAGUUGGCUCACAGACAGCGCCGCCUGGCGCCGCGAGCGCGACGGCCUGCCCAACGUGCUCGUCCUGCGCAGCGAAGGGCCCGUCUUCAGCGCGGGCCACGACCUCCGCGAGCUGUCGUCGUCGUCGCCAUCGUCGCAGGAUGACGACGAAGACGAGCUCAGGAGGAGGACCUUUGCCCUCUGCGCAGAGGUCAUGUCGCUGAUCCGCCGCUCCCCGGCCCCCGUCGUCUGCCCCGUGCAAGGGCUCGCCACCGCCGCGGGCUUUCAGCUCGCCAUGACGGCCGACCUCCCCAUCGCGCUGGCGAGCACGCGGUUCCAGCUCCCCGGGAUGCGCAUCGGCCUGCCGUGCACGAGCCCCGCGACGGCGGUAUCGCGGCGGCUGCCCGCGGCGCUCGCGUACCGGCUCUUCGCGACGGGGGAGACCAUCUCGGCCGCGGAGCUGGGGCCCGGGGUGCUGGACGUCGUCCCCGUCCCCGAGCACGCCGAGGCCGCCGACACGGCGGCGCUCGCGUUCGAGGCGAGGGUCGACGAGGUCGUGCGGCGGCUGGCGGGCGAGACGGCGGGGCAGCCGCAGGCUUUUGGGAAGUGGGCUUUCUGGACGCAGUUGGACCUCAGCAGUGGUCGGGGGGUGGAUGGCUUUGCCGAUGGGUUUGAUGCUGCUGCGAACUGGGCGGGUGGUGUGAUGGCCAUGCAUGCGCAGAGUGAGGAUGCCCAGGAGGGGAUCAGUGCUUGGUCGACGAAGAGGGCGCCUCAAUGGAAGACAUGA